GUUUCGCUGUGGAUCAAUACUGUUGUUUAACUAAAAAUGUUGUGGAUAUUUUAUAUCUUAAGUAUUGUUGCAAUACAUGGAAUUUCAGCUGAUGAGUCAUCCAAUCAUGGCCCGAAAAUCGUGGGCGGUUCCUCUGCUACUGAUGGACAAUACCCUUAUCAAGCGUCCCUUCGUUUGAAUAAUCGUCAUUUCUGUGGUGGUUCUAUCAUAGAUAAGCGAUGGAUUCUUACAGCUUCUCAUUGUUUAACCGGAUUUAAUAAUACGGCUAUCUCCGUUGUACUGGGCUCGAACACUCUGAAUAAAGGUGGUGACAGAUACGCUUCAGUGAAAAGGUGGAUACAUCCCUACUAUAGUCCCGCUUUCAUCAGGAAUGACAUCGGAUUAAUCAAAUUAGACAAAGACAUUGUUUUUGGAGACAAAGUGAAACCAAUUGCUCUGCCUAAGAAAAACUUCGAAAAAUCUGAUUAUCCAGCGACGUUGUCUGGUUGGGGCACGACCAGUUAUCCGGGGAACGCGCCAAAUGAAUUGCAGCACAUUGAGCUCACGGUCAUCGAUCAAAAGCAGUGCCUAAGCGCCAGCUAUCGAAACACCAACAGCAAUAUAUGCACAUUCAACAAACACGGCGAGGGUGCUUGUCACGGCGAUUCCGGUGGGCCUUUGGUAGCCGAUGGUACGCAGAUCGGCGUGGUGUCUUGGGGAGUACCAUGCGCUAAAGGACACCCAGACGUAUUCACACGAGUCUACUCUUACUUAAAUUGGAUCAAACGUAUCAAAGAGGACAAUUCCUUAUAAGUGAUUAUAAGUAAAUACUUCUUUUAAUGAAGAAAUUUGUGAAGAAAUUGCCUUCCGCCGCAUUAAGUCAUGCGCCGUUUCCCACCGAUUAACGAUCGGCGAAUUUAAAGAACUAGCGCGAAAUCCUGGCCGAAGAUUUCGGUCAAGCUCCUAAUGACCCAGUUUCAGCGGCGCAUGCUCGACCGUUUGAGUGCAUCCGACGUUGCUUCAAGGGUGAAAACGUCGCAGCACGUAGUUGUGCCAGCAGGUGGUAGCUUUCGCGCGCGGAAUAAAAGUAAGGAGAAAAAAAGAAGAGCGCGUGUUCGCGACAGAGUACGAUCGCGAAGUAAAGAAGAAUGAUGAACGAUCAUAUCCUCGCGACGUCUCUUCGAGGAAGAGCUUUUGAAGAUCGAGACUAACAAUGCGGAUUGUUGUAACCCUUCUAUCAACCAUGAAGCCUUGUGUCGUUGUUGGUCAUCAAUGUUCUUCUGGCACUGCAAUAAUCGGCUUAAACCGUUCACCCUCAAUGUUCAAAAGAGGAUCACUGCGAAAUCAUUCUCAGAAAAUGGAAGGAAUCUCA